UGGCACGAUGUGUUUAUUUGGUUGUCUCACUUUUAUGUCUUCGAUUUAUGUGUCCUCUUGUAACUGGAAUUUUUAUGGAUGAGCUUGCCAGCAAGAAGCUGUGUGCUGAUGAUGACUGUGUCUACACCAUGUCCCUUGCCAAAGCAGAAGAGGAUUAUAAUGCUCCAGACUGCAGAUUCAUUGAUAUUAAAAAAGGGCAGUUGACUUAUGUUUACUCAAAACUAGUGAAAGAAAAAGAUGGAGAGUUCUGGGCUGGAAGUGUUUAUAGAGAACAAUAUGAAGACCAUAUGGGGACAGUUGGUUAUUUCCUUAGCAGAUUAGUCUCAGAACAACAUGUCUAUCAAGAAGCAAGUAAGACUGUUCCUACAAUGGACAUUGAUUUCUUCUGUGAAUAGUGCUGAAAGCAGUCAGGUAAUCUCUUGGCUGCGACCAGGGAAAGCUGACAGGAGGAAACCUAGAUACCAUCCCUGAACA